CGCGCCACCUACGAAUACAAAGAAGUAGUAGCGUAUCUCCAAUAUGUUUAUGCGUCUGUAGAGAUGGAGCUAAUAUUUUCAAUAUAAGGAAAAGCGUGAAGCUAGUGCUAAGUCGUGCUUUGCAGCCCCGACGAGGCGCCCCCAUGUCUGUCCCCCCCGAGCUGAACUAGACUAGUAUGAGGUUAGAAGCCAACAUGGGCGACAACACGAAGCAAGUGCGAGUCGACAACUGGGGGAUCUUCUUCCUCCAACGCCUGCAGAUGUUCUUCAGCAAGACUGACUACUGCGACAUGACGCUCCAGUUCGAGGGCAACGUCCAGCUGAAGGUGCAUCGGCUGGUCAUGAACGCCUGCACCGAGUACUUCCAGUACCUGGAGCAGACGUGCGGGUUGGACGAGAACGUGAUCGUCAUGCCGGCGGACCUGCAGGCCGACGUCAUUGUCCCCAUCGUCAAUUUCAUGUAUACGGGGAUGCUAGAGUUCCACUUGUCUAUUUUUGAUAAAUUGUACAAAACUGCACAAAUUAUGAACAUUACGAUUUUGACGAAGCUGCUCGACGCGCAGAAGCAGCCGGUGGCGCCGGUGGUGAAGAGCGUGAAGAAGAAGCCCCCAGAGAGCCCCCACAACUUCGGUACAGCAGUGAAAAAGUCCACGCCCAAGCCCCCCCACCACUCGGAUCUACCGGCGCCCCUCCCCGGUCGCAAACUCCCCGUCUGGAAGCGCAAGAGCAUCCCCGCUCCGUCGCCCUCCCACUCGCACAGCGUCUCCCAACUGAGCUACUCGGAACCCAAGUGGGCCCCGCCCCCCGACCCCCUCUCCAUCCCCGACAACACGCCCAAGCCAACCCGCUUCGAGUGGCCCGACGACGACCUGCCCCCGCUCAACCCCAUGGACACCAGCUUCGAAGAAAUCUCGUACACCAGCAAGCCCCUCCUCACCCAGGAGGAGGAGCAACGCGCCACCACCUCCUUCGACGACCUCAGGCACAUACCCAACGCCAACCGGGCCGCGAUCCCGGCGAAGAAGCUCGGCAGCCCCAGUCUAGACAUGGAGGAACUCAAGAACUACGUCAAGGAGCAGAAAAUCAGGUCGGGCUUGAGCCAAGACGCGGACUUGGACGACGUGGAGAUGCCGGAACUCGGCAAGAGGAAGAUGCCGGAGCAGAAGAAAGGAGGGGUGGUGAAGAAGGUGAGGUUCGACGAGCCCGAGAACAAACAAACGACGAUUAGCAUCGCCACGGAGGGGAAAAGUGCCGGGGAGCUGAAUCACGAGAAAAUCGUGACAGAGAUUCUAAAAAAGUACCCACAACUAGUGAAAAAGAAUAAAAACAUUCGGUUGAAGAUCAUGGCGAAGAAUAAGUCGCCGGAGGUGGCGAAGGUGGAGAGGGCGCCGAGGUUGAAGGUCACCGAAAUCCAGAAGGUGGAGUCGCCGAAGCCCGUGAAGAACCGCGAGGCGGAGGCGAGGCCCGAAAACAAGGCUCCGUGGAUGUGCGACCGGUGCAGCACCGACGACGAGCCCGUCGAGUUCGUCCUCUACUACUUGUACCGCAAACACAUGACGGACGUCCACAACGAAAAGUUCGAUCCGAAGUUGUGCAAGUACUGCGGUCACAGAUGCAACAAGCAGAACCUGCUGAUGUAUCACUUGUACACGAAACACGGGAUGAAGCCGCCCCCCGGGUACAACUUCCCCAAGUGCGACCAGUGCCCUUUCAUCGCCCUUUCCUCCAACAUACUCACGAAACACAAAUUACGUCACGGCAAAAACGAGAUCCAGUGUAUGGAGUGUAAGCUGGCGUUCACGUCGCAGACGACCUUGACGAGUCACAUACAGAUCACGGGUCACACGGGGAAGUCGAACAAGAGCAACUACGAUUGCCAGUACUGUACGAAGCGGUUCCAAUCCGGGGUUAACUUGUUCUCGCACGUGAGGGGGCAGCACAAGAGCGAAGCCAUGAGGGACGGGAUUGUGAGCAUAGACGAGAUGGACUACAUGGAGGAGCUCGACGACGACGAGGCGGUCAAAGACGAGUACAUUCUCCCCGAAAUCAUCUCCGACCCCGAACCGCAAGGCUCGAAAAAAGUGAACAUUUUAUCGAAUGUGAAGGUUCAAGAGCGCCAAGAACACACCCGACAGCUCACUCUAGAACCGAGUUCGGAAGCCGAAGCGUUGAAUAAUGUGGCUACUGGGAUAGCGACGAGUCUGGGGUUGGUCGACAUCGUCGUUUUGAAUGAUAGUCAGCAGAUAUUUUUGCAACCGAAUCAGCAGACGUUCAGCGACCAAAACGAACAGCCCGAGUUUAUUUUGCCGGAAUUGUCGGGGCGCGACUCGUUCACGACGACUCAGAACGAGGUUAUUACGACUGAUGGGGUGAUAACGCAGUCGAUGUUGUCUUCGGGCGAUAUCGGUUCGACUGACGAGUUGGUGAUGGUGUUGACGGACCACGACUACGGGGAUAAUCAGGAGGAGGUUAAUAACGACAAUUCGAAUAUCGUGGUGUUGUAUAGUCAUCCGGUGGAUGGGCAGCAGGAGCAGUUCAUCACGUCACAGCUAUUUUCGCAGGACAACAUCAUGGUGAACUCCCAAGGCAUGCUCGAAAUCCGCAACGGCGCCACAAUCACCUCCACGGCCAGCCAAGUCGUGAUGAACCCCCAGGAUACUCACAUCGAGUCAAUCGAGAUGAUCCAGCGCGAGAUCGAAAACCACCAGGAAUUAAAACAGGAGUCUCUCUACGACGAAGAGAGCAAACCGGAAGUCCAGAAGGAGGAGCCGGCGAAAGAACCCGAAGCGCCGCCCGCGCGCGCCGACGCGAUAAUCGAGAGUUUAACGCAGGGCGAGCAGCUGGAGUUCACGUCGCCUUUAGUGCCUGCGGAGGAAACCGCCCCACAGGAGGCGGCGGAGCCGGCGGUGGUGGAGAGUCAAGAAGAGGCGCCACCGGCUGAAGAAGCGCCUGAAGAAACACCUGAGCAGACACCUGAAGAGACACCUGAAGAAACACCUGAAGAAACACCUGAAGAGAUACCUGAAGAGACGCCUGAAGAACCCGAAAAGGUGGACGAAGUCGAGACUACGAAGGCGGAAGAGGCGGAGUUAACGGAAGUGGGGGAGGUGCUUGCACCUGAGGCGGAGCCGGAGCCUGCGGCUCCGCCUCCCGUGGAAGAAAAGCGAGAAGCGUCCCCCCUUCGGGAGGAAUAUCGGGAGGAAAUCCCGGAGUCGAGCUUGGUGGAAUUCCAGGACGAAGCGGAACCCCAGCAACCCCAACCGGAGAAAACUGACGAAGAAAUUGAGGAAGCGAGCAAGGUGGUUGCAGAGGAGGACGAAACGAAGGAAAAGGAGGAUAAGGAGGUCGAGGAGGAGUUGGGGGACGACGAGAAGACGAGGGAGGAGGUGGCCGGCGAGCCCGAGUUGUCGCAGAGCGACACCUCCACUAGUCAGUACAAUGAUGAGAAUUCUCAGUCUUCGCAAGACUCGCACCAGAAGACCAUCUCGACGAAGAUCUCCAUUCUGGACGACUGGGAGGACACGGAUUCGCAGCAGUCGGACCAGAAGGAGAAGGCGAAGGCGGCGGGGGAGACGGUGCACAAGUUGAUGGACGACUGGGAGGAGGAGGACGAGGACGAGAGGAAAGAAUGAUUGUGAUUGGUGUAAAUAAUAAAUUUAUCGCUGUAGGCUGACUAGGUUUUAGAUUGUCUAACGAAUACAUCAUUCUGUGCUUACAACUUUAGUUAAAAUUUAUUUACAAUAUAUUAAUGAAUGAAAA